ACUGUUCCUCUGUACCUUCUUCCUCUAACUCUACUCUCUCUCAGUUCUUUUGUCUUUUUCCUCUUUUCGAAAUUAAUUAAGCCGGCCAUGAAAGUUAGGUCCUGGUUCUCCACUUGCACCACCACUACGGCCACAAACGCCGCCGUGCCGGUUUCGCACACUUCCAAACACAUGGUCUCCGAUCAAAGCAGUGUCUCCGAUACGGCCACGUCAUCAUCAUCAUCAUCUUCGAGUCCCAGUAUCCAAAGCAACCUCUCUCUACAAACACUCCCUUCUGUUCCUUCACUCCAUUCACCAAUCUCCGCCGAAACCCCAACCGUCUCUUACGCCUGCGUCGCCACUCUCGAACCGCGUCUUCCUCAGCAGCCGAUCACCUGCAUCGCCGUCCACCAAAACCGUCUGUACGUAGCUUCAGUACACGAAAUCAAUGUCUACGAUCGGAACACGAAUUACUCUCAUCUCGAUUCGUUUAACGGUAAUGAUAGCUCCUCCGGUUCAAUUAAGGCCGUUAUUUUCACCGACGGGAAACUAUUUACGGCGCACCAGAACUGUAAAAUCCGAGUGUGGAGGAUGUCAACGAUGACUGAUGUUAAGACUAAAACAAACAAACCGUACAAGCUGUUGACUACACUUCCCACAAUUAACGACAGAUUACGGCGUUUCGCUCUCCCAAAGAACUACGUCAACGUCCGUCGUCACAAGAAACGACUCUGGAUUGAACACUCUGACGCCGUUACAGGCCUCGCCGUUAACAACGGAAUGAUCUAUUCUGUUUCUUGGGAUAGAAGUUUGAAGAUUUGGCGGACAUCCGAUCUCCGUUGCGUCGAGUCCGUUAAAGCACACGAUGACGCAAUUAACGCCGUUACCGUAUCGCCAGACGGAACUGUUUACACCGGGUCGGCCGAUCGACGGAUUCGGGUAUGGGCGAAACCCGAAGGAGAGAAGCGUCACGCGCUGGUAGCGAGUUUGGAAAAGCAUAAAUCGUCAGUUAACGCGCUGGCUCUAAACGACGACGGAUCGGUGUUGUUUUCGGGUUCUUGUGACCGUUCGAUUUUGGUUUGGGAGAGAGAAGACAGCGCGAAUCAUAUGGCGGUGAGUGGCGCGCUUAGGGGACACGAAAGAGCUAUUCUGUGUUUAUUCAACGUCUCUGAUUUGUUGCUGAGUGGGUCCGCAGAUCGGACGGUGAGGAUCUGGCGACGUGGAGAUGAAGGAAGGUAUUGUUGUUUGGGUGUUUUGGGAGGUCAUUCAAAACCGGUGAAAUCUUUGGUUGCUGUAAUGGAAGAAAAGGAUUCAAACGGUGUCGUUUUGAAUGUUUUUAGUGGAAGCUUAGAUGGGCAGGCUAAGGUGUGGCAGGUUCUAGUUUCAAGACCCAGUAACAUCACUAGUACUGCUAAUACCACUCUCCAAUCUCUUAAAAUUAAUUAAUUUUGUCGUAAAUUAAGAAAUGUAUUUUAUAUACAAUUCAUACAAAAACACUCGUACGUCACCAAUUAAUUUGUGCAUGGUUUUUUAUAUGCAACCAAAAAUAUGUAGUUCUUCAUUUUUUUCAAUUAUUUUGACAAUGUAAUUUUUUUUUUUCAAAUUGAGUCAACAACAUAAUUAUGAUCCGCAGUCG